GGGGGGGUCGCUCCAUCAACAUUCCCAACAAUCAUCUUUGAUUGGAGUCGACGCCGUGCGUGCGAUAGGCGGACCUAAACAAAAAAAAAAAAACUCUUCACGUCCCACCUCGGAGGAGAUUAGCGGCCACAAUAGAUCUAAAAGGGAGGCAAAACGCAUGACAUUCUCGCAGAGGGGGACGGUGACGGACUGAGCUGAAAGCAGGCAAGAAGACACGCGAAUGAGCGCUCCAUCUCGCGCGGAGCUAUUCCAGAGUUGGACGACACUUUGACUUCUCCGAUCUCUGGUCAAAGGUAAGCAGCAUAUUCCGCUAGCAGGAGGCCACACCUGAAGCCCCUUGCGUAACCAAAGGCAGCAAAGAAGCCAUGAGUGAAGAUAAGCCUGCAGAGAGCGCGGAGACGGCCCCCGCUGAGAUGAAUGCCAUUCCUAAUGGGAAAGGUCACGAUGCGGUCGAUGAGACCACUGCAUCGCCGGCUACCUCACCUGUGGAUGAUGGCCCAACCCCAAACAGAACUGAGAAUACAGAAGCCAAUCAGGCAGAAGGACAAGAGAUCACGUCAGCCGGCGACAACAGCAAAACGACGCGAUUUACUGAUUUUGAGGGGAAAACAUCAUUCGGGAUGUCCGUCUUCAACUUGGGCAAUGCAAUCAUGGGCAGCGGAAUCCUCGGACUGGCAUACGCAAUGGCCAACACAGGAGUCGUUCUCUUUUUGCUUCUCCUAACGGCAGUGGCUGUCCUUUCAUCAUAUUCCAUUCAUUUACUGCUCAAGUCUUCUGGUAUUGUCGGUAUUCGUGCUUAUGAGCAGCUUGGCUACAGAGCUUUCGGCACCCCGGGGAAGAUGGCAGCAGGUAUCGCCAUCACGCUCCAAAACAUUGGAGCAAUGUCCAGUUAUCUUUACAUAGUCAAGUAUGAGUUUCCUCUGGUCAUUCAGGCCUUCCUUAAGGUGGAUAAGCCAGCAGGUGAAUGGUACUUGAACGGCAACUAUCUUGUGAUGAUUGUAUCCAUCGCUGUGAUUUUGCCACUGGCGCUUAUGAAGCAACUUGGCUAUUUGGGAUACACCAGUGGCUUCUCCUUGAGCUGCAUGGUGUUCUUCCUCAUCGCGGUUAUUUACAAGAAGUUCAACAUCCCCUGCCCAUUUGUGGACUUUACCAUCAACGGCACUGCCGGCGGCCUCCUGAACAUCACAGAUCCCGGUGGAGCGGACGACCCUGCUUGCAUUCCCAAAAUGGCCAACCUCAAUUCCCAAACUGCCUACACCAUCCCCAUCCUGGCGUUUGCCUUUGUGUGCCACCCUGAGGUGCUGCCCAUCUACACAGAGCUACGCAACCCCAACAAGAAAAAGAUGCAGCAUGUGGCCAACAUGUCCAUUGCAGUCAUGUACGUCAUGUAUUUCCUGGCUGCUCUCUUUGGAUACUUGACCUUCUAUGGUGAAGUAGAAGCCGAGCUGCUUCACACCUACAGUCGCAUUGACCCGUAUGACACGCUGAUUUUGUGUGUGCGCGUCGCUGUGCUCAUUGCCGUCACACUCACAGUGCCCAUUGUGCUCUUUCCCGUACGAAGGGCCAUCCAGCAGAUGAUGUUCCCAAACAAGACCUUCAACUGGCCACGCCACAUCGCCAUAGCAUUCACUCUGCUCACGUUCAUUAACCUGCUGGUCAUCUUUGCCCCAAACAUCUUGGGCAUCUUUGGGAUCAUAGGUGCCACAUCUGCCCCUUGUCUUAUUUUCAUCUUUCCUGCUGUCUUCUACAUUCGUAUUGUUCCCAAAGAGGAGGAGCCACUGCGCUCAACUCCCAAAAUCCUGGCGGCCUGCUUUGCUGGGCUCGGCUUCCUGUUCAUGAUAAUGAGUCUGAGUUUUAUCAUUAUUGACUGGACUUCAGGCAGCAGCAAAGCCAGCACGGGCCACUAAACGGCCUUCAGCCUCGUCCAGGAAUUUAACUUUCCUUUUGGUUGAGUGAGUUUGUCUUGCUAUUCUUCAUGGUUUUGGCUCUUCCAUAGAGAAUUUGGGAGGAAUGACACUGUCUCUGCACAAAACAAACUUUGUACUGUACAUCCUGCCACACAACACUAGCCGGAAAAAAUCUGAAUUCUAUUUUUUUUUUAAGGUUGAGCGGGUGUGCCUUGUCAGGGGAGAUGUAUAUAAGAUGGAUAAGCAACAAUGUAGGCAGCAGAUUUCUUUCUACAUUCAUCUGUCACUGCGCUGACUAUGAGCCUGUGGCACAUCAUGCUAUCGUGAUCUGAUUCCCAGCGUUGCUGAGAUGACAAUACACACAUUCCUUCAAACCUCCAAACUGUACCGAAUGGAAGAAAUGCUUCUACAAUAUAUCUGCAACCUUCAGCUUCCAUCCAAGCUGUUGUGUGGCACACACAAAGCACAUUUUCAACAACAUUCCUUCCUCUCGCAAACUGUUUUCAGUUGUGUAAAAAACACGUUUGCUUCUUCUCUAUUCAAAUUUAGCUCCUCUCCAUUCUAAAAUGAAUACUACUUAAGUGGCGCCUUGAGAUACAAGUUUAAUUUGUCUUUUUCCCAAAUGAAAUGAACUAAAAUGCCACAUAUCCCGGCCUGCCCCCGCUCGCCCACAAAAAAAAGCAUUUUCUUUUUUUUUUAAUGAUGAGUUUUUAAUAAGCAACGUACAUGUUGUAGUGAAUCUCAAUUUUAUCUGCAGUAAUAUUAAUUUACUUUUGCCACGGUUUGGUUUGAAAUGAUCCAUUGCAACACCAAUAAUAUUCAUUAGCUCGUCUAUGGUGUUUUACUUUUUUUAGCUUUAAGCUAAGAAAACCUUAUUAAGGCAAAGCUAAAUGAUUGUUUUGAAUUCACAACUUGGAUCACUCUUAUCUCAAGGCAUCACCGUUUUGUGUUUUUGUACAUUGAAGACCUCAUGAAAGUUACCUCUCAGUGUUCCUAUUCCUUGAUGACUUUAAAAACAAUGCGCAUUGUUUCACGUAGACAACAGGGUCCAUUUAAGCAGUGACUAGCAACAGUUGUGUCUUCACUAAAGUGGAAGUCAAGGGGGGGGAAAUUCUAAGCAAUAUCAAAAACUAUUUUUGUUUAACGUAUUGGUGGAAUAAGAAUUGAUCGUUUUCAGCCAUUUUCACAAUAUAUUGCCCUCUGCUGGUAAUAAGAAUUAACAUCAAAAUGCCUUUGGGCACAAGAUGCGAAAGUCACAUGACCAAAACCUGGAAAACACCUGAGCCAUGACUUCCACUUUAAUAUCCUAUCUUGGAAAUGACAAAGAUGCUCUUCUGUUGGCAGUGUUGCUGUUUUGCAUCAGCACUUUCUUCUCGUAGCCAUUCUUAAGGACUUGGUUUGAUGUGUGUGGGCGUGUCCCUUUUGUAUAACACAAUAUAUGCUGUAUUAAUCAACCUAAUGUCAACUCCAUAAAAGUAGCAAAGCGUCAAUGGAUGUUACUUGAAUUAACAUGAACUUUUCUAAUGUUCCUCUACUGUCCAAUUUAGUAAGGUGAAGGCAACUUAGUUGGCUGUAUCGUUGCAAGUUUAUCAUAUUUAUAACAUCACAACUGUGGUGACUAUAUGCAGUGGUGUCAACUUUAUAUUCACAAGUCAUGUGUUGGAAUCUAAUCUAGUGCAAAUGUGUUUAUGACGUCAGCUGUGGUAACCUCUGCUGCUCGAAAUCAUUCGUGAUCUUGUCAACCUUGUACGUAUUUUAACAUUUUUUUACACAUUGUCAAAUUUGUCCGUGCUGUGUUACACAGCAAAUAUUGUCCGUCUCCCUUUUGUUAGUGACUGUGUGUCUGCUUAUGAGGUUUUUGUUUGUUUGUGUGCAGAGUGAUUCAUUUGGGGUCAGCCACUGUUUCCUCGUCAUUAAAAUAGGGGUGAGAAAUAUUCAAUAUUUUGGUUAUCCAUGCACAACAGAAAAUGCCACAAAAAAUAUCAAUAUUAACUGUGAUUAUCUGUGUUGGUGCCUGAUGAAAAAAGCCCUCUUUGAAACCUUUGUCAGUUCGCAGUGACCCACUUUGUGAUGUCUUAAUUAAAAGUAUUAAUAACAUUGACAUUGGCCAGCAUUUAUAAAUAAAUGUAAAUACAUGUAGACCCUUUAUAUUCGAUAUGCAUAUCUAGUUUGUAUACUGUAAAUAGCAGUAAAAACUUUGGUCCAAUACAAAAAUAUAUAAUAAUUUUCAAAGUGCUUUUAAACCUCCUGUCCUUCAAUUGGUGUCUAUUUUCUUGUAUGUCCAUAUUUGAAUAUGUCGCUGGCAGUAUCGUACUGUAAACAAUGUUGCAAUAAAGAUAAUGAACGUCCCGA